GACCAGCAAUCCCAAAGACAGGUACGCUAAGGUGUGAAGGGGAGACAGAUCAUCUCGUUUCCCCCGUCCUUCCGCCAUUGACCUAUCCUAUUAUCCAUCAAUGGGGAGGCCACCUUCUAGCGAUGAGAAUGGCCUCAAGAAGGGCCCCUGGACUACCGAGGAAGACGAGAAGCUCAUGAUCUACAUCCAGAAGCAUGGCCAUGGAAGCUGGAGAGCCCUGCCUCAACUUGCUGGCCUGAACAGGUGUGGUAAGAGCUGCAGGCUAAGAUGGACCAACUACCUGAAGCCAGACAUCAAGAGAGGGAAGUUCUCCCAGGAGGAAGAGCAAACCAUCCUCCAGCUACACACCAUCCUUGGCAACAAGUGGUCGGCUAUUGCGAAGCAUCUCCCUGGACGGACAGACAACGAGAUCAAGAACUUCUGGAACACCCACCUCAGGAAGAAGCUCAUCAAGAUGGGCAUCGAUCCGAUGACCCACCGUCCGAGAACAGACUUCUUUGCUGCUCUCCCACAGCUCAUUGCACUCGCCAACCUUCGUCAGUUCAUCAAUCAGCAACCAUGGGAUGACCACACUGCCCGGCUGCAAGCUCAGACAGCACAGGCUGCCAACCUCCAGUACGUGCAGUCACUACUUCACUCUGCAGCCUCCAUUGCCGCCAGCCCCACUACCAGCAGCAGCCUCAACAGUCUCACCAUGGACCUGGAGCAGAUCAACUUCCUGAACCCUCCGCAGAUGCUUUCUCCAAGUGCACUUGAGGGUAUUAGUGGCAUAGACUUAGCCGGGCACGUGUCUCAGAGCCAAAUGCCUAGCGUUACCUUUGACCACACAAUUGGCAACAUCAACCCGGGUUCACAUAACAAUGUUGAAAGCAGUGAACAACACUGCGAUGAGGGAGAGAACAGCAGCAAGAAAAGGCUGUUUCUCUCUGAAAACUCCCUUCCACCCCUCACUGACAUGGCAGCUUCCAACAUUUGUAAUACCAUCAGCACCUCAAACUGCGACGGCGUCAGUAGUCCGUUUCCCAGCUGGUCGGAAAUCCUCCUUGAUGAAGAGCUGCUGAGCGAGUUUGCAUGAUGUAACCUGAAUUCCCUAGCUUGAAUUGCAUACUAGCCAGUGGCUUGCGUUUUGGAAUUUAGGCUUAUCAUUUUACCACUUUUUUACAUAGUUUCUUUAGGUUUAUUUUUCAUGCACUUGUAGGCUCAGAAAGGAGUCCAUAGAUAAGCCUACAAGCAUGAGAUGUUUUUAUUCUGACUACUAUGGUAUGUAUGUGUACAUAUAAUACACAUGUAAGGUUGCUUG